UGUGCAUAUGCCGUCCGACUACGACAUUGCCGCUGCGCGCGAGGCCGCACGUCGCGCCAAGGCGAACUCGACCUCUGAUUGGUGGACGGCUGUUGAGAAGGGCGAGCAGACACGCAUGAAGCAGCUGCUCGCAGACGGCCAGGACGUCAACGCACAGGACGCGAUGUGCGAGUGGCCGGCGCUGUACUACGCAGCGUGGAAGAACCGGCUGUGGCAGGCCGAGCUUUUGCUCGCCAGCGGGGCCGACGUGGCCCUCCAGAGCCGCGAGGGCGACACCGCGGUGCAUAUUGCCGCGAUGUAUGGCAGCUUGUCGAUGCUGACUCUCAUGCUGAGCAGCAAGGUGGUCGACUCGAAGAAUGAGCGCGGGCUGACGCCACUCGAUCUCGCAAAGCAGAAGCGCAAGUUUGAGUGCGUCGGCGCGCUGCAAAAGGCGCCGCCCUGGAGUGCUACGCCGCACCACCUCACGACCCGCGCGCCAACCGCCACACUCCCCUCUGCCCCUUAGGCGCUCGGCCAGCCUCUGUCGGCCGAAGUGACCAGCCCUCCCCCGCCGCUGCCCGAGAACUGGCUCGAGUCCGAAUACGGCAACGGCACGAGCUUCUUCUUCAACCCGUUCUCUGGGGAGACCCUCGAGACGCGGCCGCCGCCUGAUUAUGUGGCCAAGAAGUAGCUCAAGGACGCCUCUGUGCCUGCGGGAGGAGAUCAGCGGCCAUGAAAACCCCACAUCGCAUGACUCGGAGCGUGCAUGAUGCAUGUGCAUGUGUGCAUCGGUACGGACCCCCCCGCUCGUGCUCGUGAUACGUGAUGUGCGUUCGGGUUCGCGGCGCGCGAGGUUACCGUUC